UAUAUAAGACCAAAGAGCUGAUAGUGUACUCUUAGUUUUGUUGAAACAGUAUUUUACAGCGGGCCUUCUUCAAUCAGUACAGAUUACUGUCUUUAGAUAGCAUAGAAUUAAUAAUAAGUGUAAUUAAACAUAUUAAAUAUCCAUUAACAAUUUCUAAAAAUAUCCGUGGAUUUAUAAAAUAGCUUCUAUUUUUUUAAUUGAAUUUAAUAAGUGGUGAAAGUGUAUGUAAUGUGUAAUAGAAAGUCAGUGUAAUAUACAUUGAGUAGCAUAUUGGUUAAUUAGAAAUUAUCCACUACAACGCCAGGUGAAGGGGAGCUCGAGGAGGGGGGGCUGCAGCUAUCGAUUCCACUUUCUAGGGUACCCCCUUCUAAACCUUUCAUUAGAAAUGGAUUAAAAAUCUACAAAACUGCGUAUUACAAGUUUUGAAAUAUUUAGAUCAUGAACUCUUGUCAUAAAUCUUCAGAAACUGCAAAAUUCAGUGGAUAAAAUCAAAAUGGCGAGCUACUUUGAAAUUCUACUCUCUAUCGCAGUGAUACUUAUCGCAUUCUACUAUUAUGCUAUAUCAAACUUUGAUUUUUGGAAGAAACGUGGCGUAGUUGGACCAACGCCGAUACCAUUCUUUGGAAACACUAUGCAUUUAAUAUUUACUAACAUAUCAUUACGUCAUUAUAUACAUACCACGUACGAUCAAUAUAAAAAUGAACCAAUGAUCGGAUUUUAUUUAGUGAAGAAACCAAGUCUUAUAUUGAAUGAUCCAGAGCUUAUCAAACACGUUCUCAUUAGAGAUUUCUCCAAAUUUGCAGAUCGAGGAGCUCUUGUUUAUGAGAAGACAGAGCCACUCUCACCACAUCUCUUCAACUUAGAAGCAGAAAGAUGGCGACCAUUGAGAGCGAGGCUUUCCCCCAUAUUUACACCUGGGAAACUGAAGGAAAUGUUUUAUCUCAUAAUCGAAUGUUCGCAACAUUUGGAAAAAUAUUUGGCGAAAGAGGUUGAAAAAGGAGAGCCUCUAGAAUGUCGAGAAUUAACAGCAAGAUUCACGAUUGACGUGAUUGGUAGUUGUGCAUUUGGAAUUGAAAUGAAUGCACUAGCAGACGGGAGAAGCGAAUUCCAUCAAAAGGGUAGAGACGUCUUCGAUGCAACUUUCGAAAACGUCUUUCGAUUCAAAAUGCGACAAUUCUUCCCUAAGCUGUACGAUUUGCUUGGUUAUAUAAUACCCGACAGAAGACUCGCCUCAUUCUUCACGAAAGUUGUUACGGACACCAUAAAAUACAGGCAAGAGAAUGAUAUCGUUAGACCAGAUUUCAUCAACAUGCUUAUGGAACUUAAGGCCCAUCCAGAGAAACUGAACAAUAUCGAAUUAACUGACUCUUUACUGACUGCACAAGCUUUUGUGUUCUUCUCGGCGGGUUUCGAAACCUCAUCGACGACGAUUAGCAAUACUCUUUAUGAAUUAGCCGUAAAUCAAGAGAUACAAAAUAAACUACGAGAAGAAAUAAUGGAGUACUGCUCUAAAGACAAAGGAGAGUUGAAAUACGAGACUGUAAAAGAAAUGGAAUAUUUAGAUAAAGUAUUCAAAGAAACGUUAAGAAUGUACCCAGCUGUAUCAUUACUAAUUCGGAAUGCAAUAUCAAACUACACUUUUGAUGGCAUUAAGGUUUCAAUACCAAAGGGUAUAAAAAUCUGGAUCCCAGUGUUUGCCUUGCAUCGAAAUUCUGAUAUUUAUCCAAACCCUGAUUCUUUCGAUCCGGAAAGGUUCAAUGAGGACGCUGUCGCAGCUCGACACUCUAUGCACUAUUUACCAUUCGGCGAUGGACCAAGAAAUUGCGUUGGUGCACGUUUUGCAAUUUAUCAAACUAAAGUUGCCCUUAUCGCAAUUCUACGGAAUUUCAAAGUGGACGUUUGCGAAAAGACAAGGAUUCCUUACGAAUUUGAUCCAGCUGCGUUUUUAUUAGCACCAAAAGAAGGGAUAUACUUGAAAUUUACAAAAAUACAAAGUUAAUGUAACUUAUUCGACAUAUAAUAAAUUGAAAAUAUUUCUUGUAAGUCAUUACAGAUAUGGAUGUAAAAAACAAUUGUAUAUUCACUAGGUAUAACCCGCUCGUCCCUCGCAUAUCUAGGGCACGUGUCCGAAUAAAGAACAGCGAAUGAAAAAGAAAGAAGCCGCCAAUACGGAACCUAAUCUCUUGUCGCCUGUCAUAAUGUAAAAAAGGAAAUUCUAAGAAUUCUAA